AUGGCGUCGGUAUCAAAACAAGUCCUCUCGUUUCAGCCGAGGCUUUCUCUUACCUCGUUCCGAGGCUUCGAGGAAGCUACGUUGCGAGUCAACCCUCCCAGCGUUGUUUUCGACAACGAAUCUGACCCAGUCUCGACUCUUGUUAAAGUGGACAGCGCAAACAAGCAAGGCUGCCUGCUUCAGGUCGUACGGCUUUUGACUGACCUUGAUCUUGUGAUCUCCAAAGCUUACAUUUCUUCUGAUGGCGGAUGGUUCGUUGAUGUCUUCCAUGUCGUGGACCAACUGGGGCAAAAGGUGACGGACGAGAGCCUUAUUCAGUUUAUCAAGAAGGCCCUGGGUGCUACCAAAGAGGAUUUCGCUCCUGAUGCAACGACCUGCCUAGGAAAGCCUGUCGCGGACGCAAUAGAUUUUGAACACUCCGUCAUAGAACUGACAGGAUAUGACCGCCCUGGGCUUCUCUACGAGGUGUCGGAGGUGUUGACGAAGCUGGGAUGCAAUGUGGUGGGAGCGGAGGUCUGGACGCACAAUAACCGUGUGGCAAUCGUCGUUCACAUUACCCAAGCAGUCAACGGCGGACCUGUCACCAACCCUGACGCGCUGGCCGAAAUGCAUGACAAGUUAUGUUCGGUGAUGGAGUCAGACAGUAUUAGAAUUGAGGCUCGGCACAGCUUUUUUGUUGGGGAGGCCCAGACCGACCAGAGGCUGCAUCAGCUAAUGCUUGCUGACAGGGAUUACGAAGCCGCUGGGAUUCAUGUCUCCCCUGCUGGUGCAGCUGGCGAGAAGCUGCGUCCCAGUGUUUCUGUGGGAAAUCUUCCUGAGUCUCAGUAUACAAUAAUCAAGCUGAGCUGCCUGGACCGGCCAAAACUUUUGUUUGACACGGUCUGCACACUUACGGACAUGCAGUACAUCAUUCACCAUGCCACGAUCGAGUCAGAAGAUGAUGUGGCGUUUCAGGAACUUUACAUCAGAACCAUGGACGGUUCGAUGCUGGACACUGAAGCUGAGAGGGAGCGCGUGGUUAAGUGUCUUGAAGCAGCUAUUCUGCGUCGCGCCCCCAAGGGGGUGUGUCUGGAUCUCUGCGCUGGGGAUAGGAUUUCAAUGGCAAGAUCCUCAGGCUUCGAAGAGGCUGCAUUACGUGUCAAUCCACCCAGGGUUGUUUUUGACAACCAUUCUGAUCCAGUCUCGACUCUUGUCAAAGUGGAUAGCGCAAAUAAGCAAGGCUGCCUUCUUCAAGUCGUGCAGCUUCUAACUGACCUUGAUCUCGUGAUCUCCAAAGCUUACAUUUCCUCAGAUGGCGGCUGGUUUGUGGAUGUGUUUCACGUUGUGGACCAAUUGGGUCAAAAAGUAACUGACAAAAGCCUCAUUCGCUUUAUUGAAAAGGCGCUGGGUGCUUCGAAAGAGCAUCCUGUUCCAGAUGCAAAAACCUGCCUAGGAAAGCCUGUCGCUGAUGCAAUAGACUUCGAGCAUUCCGUCAUAGAGCUCACGGGAUAUGACCGCCCAGGGAUUCUCUACGAGGUGUCAGAGGUGUUGACGAAGCUGGGAUGCAACGUGGUGGGAGCAGAAGUUUGGACACACAAUAACCGCGUAGCUUUUAUCCUACAUGUCACUGAGGCUAGUAACGGAGGACCUGUUAGUGACGCUGCUGUCUUGGCUGAAAUGCGUGAGAGACUUUGCUCUGUGAUGGAGUCAAAUAGCAUAAGGAUUGAAUCUCGGAGCAGCUUUUUUGUCGGGGAGGCUCAGACUGAUCGGAGACUCCAUCAGCUACUAUUCGCGGAUAGGGACUAUGAAACGAUGGGCAUCAAUGCUUUCCCUGCAGGUGUGGUUGAGGAAAAAGUGCGGCCCAGCGUUUCUGUGGCGAACUCUCCAGAGUCGCAGUACACAAUCAUCAAACUGACCUGUGUGGACCGACGGAAACUUCUGUUUGACACGGUCUGCACACUGACAGACAUGCAGUACAUCAUUCACCAUGCUACGAUCGAGUCUGAGAAUGACAUCGCACAUCAGGAGUACUACGUCAGAACCAUGGAUGGGUCCAUGCUGGACACUGAGGCUGAGAGGGAGCGAGUUGGCAAAUGUCUUGAAGCAGCUAUACUGCGACGCAGCCCAAGGGGUUUGUGCCUUGACCUCUGCACUGGAGAUCGCAUUGGCUUGCUGUGCGACGUCACACGAGUAUUCCAAACCCACAACCUCUCCAUCACUGCUGCUAAUAUAUGUACACGCUGGGGAAAAGCAGUGAACGAGUUCUACGUCACUGACUCCGCCAAUCGCCCUGUUGAUUUCAGCAUCAUUGAGGCCAUUCGUCAGGAAAUUGGCCCCACAAUACUGACAGUCCGCAAUGUGGCCCCUCCACUCUUCAGCUCUUCGCCACCUCAGGAGACUGCAUUCUCUUUCACAGGAUUAUUGAGAUCCCUUUCUCUAGGGUUUUCCAACAUGACAAGGGGAGUUCCACAUUCAUCUAGCUUCACUACAAGGAGGCUCUGA